ACCCUCUGUACCCAAUCUGCCGCCACUAGUCGCCCCCAGCGCCACACGUCACAUCAUGUCCGUACUUGAACUUGAAUCCCAUUCCAUUCUUCAGAGGCAACCCCUGCCACACACACACACACACACACACACGCGCCGGGUCCUCCCUGUGAGCGGCGUGAAUGCGAGACGUAAUUGCUCGGGUCCUGAUUGAUCUGGAGAGGAGGUGUUGUCUUCAGAGGUUCAGCCAUUCUGCACUCUGAUGCCAAGCGCACAUGGAGGACAGUGCCAAAGACUUCUCUCACCUGGCGAGCCCGCCGUCCACGGAUCUUGGAUUUCCUUUAUAGCAGGACAACAACUGUCUUUAUGUUUUAGGGAUUUUUAAAGAAAUAAUAUUUGAAUUUUGAGACAGGGUUUUGGCGUUACUAUCUCAGGUUAAGUGGCACUUAGUUAAUGCCUCACGACAGUCGGAUACAAUUUAAUCUGUUCACAGAGCACAAGUGCUAGUUUGUGCCGUGAUAACGACUAGACUAUCCCGCGAGCGAGCGCAGUGGAACAGUACCCGGGCUGUGGAGGAAAGUUUGGAGAGGUCCUCUGGAGCGCACACAUUUAGUCCGAGUGUCCGUGAGAUGCUGCUGUAAAUGCGGGGCGAUGUCCCGACGGAAGCAAGGCAACCCACAGCAUCUGUCCCUCACACAGAGGGAGAAUCUACCGACAGAUCAUGAUGCAGGGGUGGAUCAGUGCCCAUCGGAGGGCUCCAUAGCCAUCCCUGUGGGCGGAGCCGGAGAGAGUGACCUGCUGACCUGCGGUCAAUGUCAAACUAACUUCCCCCUGGGAGAUAUUCUAGUGUUUAUCGAGCACAAAAGGAGACUGUGCCCCGGAUCUAGCUCAUGUUUCGACAAACCGACUGACUGCGGCGGCUCCCCGUCCCCCAGACCACCACGGGCAGAAGACUGCCGGAGGUCUGGACCGGUGGAGGUUGGGAUCCAGGUCACUCCAAGAGAGGAGGAAAAACGACUGACGCCCGCCAGAGGAAUCUGCCCCAUGCAAGAGGGCGUCCCAACUGGAAAAGAUGAGCCCUCCAGUUACAUCUGCACCACUUGUAAGCAACCCUUUACCAGCGCAUGGUUUCUGCUGCAGCAUGCACAGAACACCCAUGGGAUUCGCAUCUACCUGGACACCCACCCUACUAGCUGCUCGCUUACCCCUCGCAUGGCCCUUCCUCCACCACUGGGGGCUGAUGCCCUACCCCGUUCCCCUCUAGCCAGCUUUCUGGGUGAUGGCAGCAACCCUUUCCAACUGUUGCGUAUGGGUGCCCCACUGCUACGAGAUCCUCCACCACCUGGAUACAUUGAAACCCGCUUGCCAUCUACCCCGCCCUUCAUAAGCCCUCCACCACCCCGCCAUCCUCUCGAACGUCUUGGCCCUGAGGAGAUGGGUCUCCUGUCCCAGCAUCCAAGUGCUUUUGAGCGUGUGAUGCGGCUGACACCCAUGGGCAUUGAACCAUCCAUGGGCUUCUCUCAGCGCCUUCGUGAACUGGCGGGCAGCAACAAUAAUGGUGGUCCAACUCCCCCUCUUUCACCUAACCGUGUGCCCCCCAUGCAUCGGCUUCUCAGCCCCACUCUCUUCCAGCAUGGUUCCAAACCUCUACCUUUUCUAACCACACCCUCACAGCCACCAUCAGUUCCAUCCAGAGGCAAUUCCUCAUCACCUCUAAAUCAAGUUGGCAAAGCCAAGUCCUGUGAGUUUUGUGGCAAGACUUUCAAGUUCCAAAGCAACUUGAUUGUGCACAGACGUAGCCACACUGGUGAAAGACCCUAUAAGUGUCAUCUCUGUGACCAUGCAUGUUCACAGGCCAGCAAGCUAAAGCGCCAUAUGAAGACACACAUGCACAAAUCAGGCUCCAUGGGGAGUUCACCUGAGCAGGGAGGGCAAGACUCAGCUGGAGAGGGGCUUAAGAACAGUGAGGACAAUGGCAUGAGGGAGGGAUUGGAUAAUGAGGAGGAAGAAGAAGAAGAGGAGGAAGAGGAGGAGGAGGAGGAGGAAGAAGAGGAACCACAGCAAAACGGGAGCAGGCCUGAGUCCAACCUGAGUAUGGACUCGGAGUUGAGCAGAAACAGAGAGAAUGGCCCAAGACCUUCCCCAGAGGAGAAACCAAUGGCCACUGACAGAGUUACAGAAAGCCAAUACAACAACCUUGACAAUCAUUUGAGACUGCAACCGAGCAGCAGGGCAUGUGAGGAGAUACACACAGAUUCAGCAUCCAGGGAAACUGACAGAGACAGGGGGCGUAUGGUGAAUGGCAGAGGCUGCAGCCCGGAGGAUCCCAUCUCAGCGUUGUUCCAACGGAAGCCAAUGCCUUUUUCCAGCUCCAGCCUCACUGGGUCUUCCGCCAAGAGGAUCAAGGUAGAGAAGGAUGUGGAUCUGCCACAGGUGCCCGUCAUAUCCCCUGAAAAUGUGUAUUCUCAGUUGCUUGCUGGUUAUGCUGCAUCCCGCCACUUCAUAAGGGAGCCUUUCCUGGGCUUUAAUGACUCCAGGCAGUCACCUUUCGGCACUUCUUCCGAGCACUCCUCAUCCGAGACAGGCAGCCUGCGUUUCUCCACCCCUCCAGGGGAAAUUCUGGAAGGCAGUGGGAUGUCGGGGCGAAGUGGCAGCAGUACACCUCACCUCCAUCUGCGGGGUCCUGGGCCAGGGAGACCGCCCAGCUCCAAGGAGAGUCGACGGAGUGACACCUGUGAGUACUGUGGUAAGGUGUUCAAGAACUGCAGUAAUCUGACCGUGCAUCGGCGCAGCCACACAGGUGAGAGGCCUUACAAGUGUGACCUGUGCAGCUAUGCUUGUGCCCAGAGCAGCAAGCUUACCCGGCACAUGAAGACCCAUGGGCUGUUUGGUAAAGAGGUGUAUCGCUGUGAUAUUUGCCAUAUGCCCUUUAGCGUGUACAGCACCUUGGAAAAACACAUGAAGAAGUGGCAUGGAGAGCAUUUGCUGACCAAUGAGGUCAAACUUGAGCAGGCUGACAGAGCUUGAGACCACUUACCAAUGCACUGCAUUAUGGGUUUAGCUGGAUAGUCUUUUUCUUGACUAUAUAUUUUUUUGGAGUGAUUUUAAUUUUAUUUUUUCUUUGUAGUGAAAAUGAACUGCCACCUGAGAAACAAGAACACAGGGAAAUGCUAGUCUGUGGUUCUAAAACCCUUCUUGCAUAUCCCAGCACCUAACAGAGGAGUAGUCCAUUAGGAAUUCAUGGAGCCUUUCAACUGUGCAAUAAUUUCUGUAUUUAUUGGAUUAUUUGUAAUGAUACAUGGCAUGUACAGGUACAUAAUCGAUGGGUUUCUAAUGCAUUCAGUUCCUGAAAUUAUAUUUCUACACCCCAUCUUAUGAUAUGACAAAUACUGAGAUUUUGGCAUUCAGCCAGUUUUGUGUUAUAAACUAGUUUCCUCAAAGGCAACAAAUGGGUAAUUUCUAAAGAAGAGGUCAACUUCUAAAAAUCUGAGAAUUUUUUCAUGUUAUUGUUGCUGUCGAUGGCCCCACUCAUCAUGGGUUAUAUUCAGUAGACAUAUGUAAAGCACUGAAUGUCACUUUGACAAUAAAAUAUUAAACAAUUUGAAGGGGCAAAAAACCCAGGGAUGUUUUAAGGCAGCUGAAAGGCAGUUUGACUGCAUCUGAAUGAUUUUCUGUUGACGACCUUUGAAAUAAAUGAGAUGAAAUGAAAUGAAAGUUUAUCAACCAUGACAUUUAUGAGAAUGUUAACAUGCAAAUGACAACAAAAAUGACUAUAUUUCCUCUACAUUAUUAUUAUGGUUCCCGUAUAUAAACAGUGUUGAGCCCACUAGUGUUGCAUUUCUAAGAGAUAUAUAUAAUUUAUUUUAUUUUUUUCAAAAGCCCUUUUUUAAUUUUUUUUAAUAGCCCGGAUUUUAUUUCUAAAGAUCAAAAUCUUUACAUUCACUCAAACUGACAUCCAUGCCAUUUAUUUCAACAUCAUCUAUCCCUUAAUUAUGUUUAAAUGCUUUCCAAACCUUGUACAAGGUCAAAUCCUUUCAUAUGUUAAUGGUAUUACAAAAUGAUUACUGUGCAGUCUUGAAUAAUUCAGCCUGGAUUCAGAUGUUAAGGCAAGCCAUAAACUUAUUACAUGUUAAAAUGUUAUCAUAGUCUCAUAUGAUAACCUCAUUACUCACUGUUUUCUAUCUGCGUAUUCACAAUUUACAACAUCCUGCCAUUUAUGUUCAUGGCUUUUUACAGUUUACAUUUGAUUUUUGACUUGAAUAGAAAGUUGAAUUAAAGCUACGGCUGCACAUGUUGCCCGCUCGAAAUCAGUCAGAUGGUGUCAGAUACUCAGCAAACUGGCAAACCUCUCUUUGCGUAAAUGACAGGAAGUGGCAAUAACUUGAAAGAAAAUCAAGAGGAAAUGUGUUGUAGUCAAGAAAGCAUGUCAAAUUGAAGUAUGGCUUUCGGAGACAGACAUAACCAGACAACACAGAUGUGCCUCAAAUUAAUAUUCAGCCUUUAUUUUCUGAUGUUAUUCAAAUUUUUGCUAUACAGCGGACUAAAGCAAUCCAUGAACAAACUAACUUAACCAGUAUCAUUCAAAUUCAUUAAGAGGAAUCAAAUCAAAUAAAGUCAUAAGGAUGACUGUUCAUUUAUUUGAGAAAUGUAAAAUGUGCUUCAUUGUUAAGGGGAUGUCUUAACACACAGAUUUGUUUGAGAAAUUACUAAGUCAUUUCUUUACUGAGGUUUUUUUUUUUUUUUUUUUUUUUAGAUGGAAUAGAGAAUUAUUGACAGUGGAGGUAAAACAAAUAAUUGGAACAAAAAAAAAUAACUAUGACACUGUCUUUAAAUUAUGUUUACAGUGUUGAAGUAUAAGGAUACUGAGCUCUUCUGUAUAUGUGUUUUAAAUGAGACAAAUGUUUUGCCCUCUGUUUUUCUACAAUAUUGAAUAUCAUAGCAGGGUUUUCUCCUUUUUCCCUUUGUUUCUUUCCCUCCCUUCCUUUUUUGGUGCAGGUAUUUCCGUAAAUUUCUAUGGAUAUAUGCGCGUGUAUGUUUUGUUCAUUGUUAAAUUCUCAAUGUAUUUGUAAUUUCAGUGGCAUUUUAUGAAAUGAUGCAAAAAAUCUUUAUAUUUUGCAGUCCAUUAUGAAAUUGUGAGUCUAUUCAAAUGUUUUGUCACUAUAUCUGUUCAUAAUUUUGGUAAUUCCAUCCACAGCAGGAUGUAAAAAAAAAUAAAAAUAAAACUGAAAACAAA